CUCAGAGACAAAGGAGCACCAAACCUGACUCGCGUGGAGCUCAGCGCUGAAAUAAGAAGCUUUAGAGACUCGUGGUCAGCUCAACGUCACCGCGUUUUAGCGUUUCCUCAUACGCGCAAAACUACAACAGAAAAACUUUCGGGGGGCAUUUCUGAACUAUCUAUUUUUUGAAUUACUUUUAGCUGCAUUUGGACUCCCGGUCAGAUAUCUGGAUCGGUGCUGGUUCUUAUGCCUUUGACAGUUUCUUACCAAAUAUAGCCACUGUUAAUGCUGGAGUGUCCUUGACGGAGCUGAGCGGUCCUAAAUUGGGUAUUUGCAGCGCUGCCAAAGUUUAUAAUUAAAUUCUCCAAACAUUUUGGAGUCCUAACGGUGUGUAUAUAUUUUUUUACAACACAUUUAGUCUAAUUAGCAAAUUGGAUGAUUCGUUGUUGUGCUUUUUAUAAGGUGGCGCAUAUUUCCUGCCUAUUGUGAACUGCAGCGUGUUGGUUUAAAACUCGCUCUGUAGCCGAUGCUCCCAAAAAGAAGCCAUUUUUAAGUCUUUGAACUACAGUCAUUGAACACGAGCUGCUUAACCGGCUCUGGGCUAAAGCUUUUGAACCCGGGCACACACAUUUUGGCACCUUUUUUGUUUCUUUUGUUCUCAAAUCCCUCACGAUGACUUUUGGUGCGUCUGGCUCUUGGCGCGGUGGAUGUUCCUCGGCUCGGUUGUUCCUCCUCUCCACCACCUAUGUGUUGGUGCUGGCGCUGGCAGGAGCCGAACAGGCCCAGCCGGGCGGGGGGAGCCCUCCGCCGGUCACCCUCGGCACUCUGAUCUCGGGAAGCUGCCUGGAGGUCCAGCGGUACGCGGAGUCAGUGGUGGGGAGCGGCGUGAUCCGGUCAGCUGCCGAGUUUUUGCAAAUGGUGAUCCGAUUCCUCGCUGAAGGAGCUGCCAGCGGCCUGAACGUCAUCGCUGUUUACGUCGCAGAGAUCCUCCGGGUCACAGGAUUUGAUGUUGCUCUUACUUUGCCCCGCUUCACUCCGGAGGGCGUGGCGGCCAUCGCCCAGUGGGGUCUGGUGGCCCUCAUUGGAUACUGGGUGCUGACCAUCGUUCUCCGUGUGCUCAUUUGCUUGGUGAAGCGGGUGUUCUGGGUGGUGAAAACCGUCUUGGCGCUCUGGCUUUUCGGACUAAUCGUGACGGAGAAGAACGCCACCGCAGACACCACAGCGGUCCGAGUGGGGGGCCUGGUGCUGGGAUGUGUCCUGUUGACUCUGCUCACUUCCUGCUCUGAAAAGACUUGUACAGUGGAGCAGAGGCUGAGCACCCUCGAGGGCCGGGUGAAGGGUGUUGAGAAGAAGAAAGGGGAAUAGAGAUGGACAAAAGUGGUGGAAAUGUCUUUUAAGAAAACAAUAUCAUUGAUGUUUUCUAUAUGUUUGUUAAACUUUUAUGGGAAAUAAAGUAAUCUGUGGGAUUUUUAAACGAGAAAUGCACUCUUUGUUUGCAGAGAAGAGAGAGAGAAAGCCAAAAUAAUGACACCACAGAUUAUUUGUACUAUAAUAAAAAACUGUAAUCACUGACACACAAAAGUAGUACAAGGGCUACAAUAGCAAGACCAUUUUGUAGAUCUACGAAUAAAAAUGAAGGCAACAUUUUA